AUGGGUGCGCUGCAGGUGCAGCCGCUGCAGGCGCCCGGCGCCGCCUCGUCGUCGCGCCCGCCCGUCGCCGGCGCGCAUCUGGCGCGCAAGCCGUCGCUCGAUGCUCUGAGCGCCAACAGCCGCGCGCCAUCGCGGGCAGGCAGUGCGCUGCCGUCUGAGAACGGCUCGGCGCCGGCAUCAGCGCGGCCAUCGACGAACCAGGCGCGCGCGCCGCCGCACAAGACGGCCUCGGGCGCUGCGCCGCCGCGUGCGCCGCCGACGGCCAGCUCGGUCGCUCUGCGCGCCGUCGACAUUGGCAAGUACGACGGCGGCAUGGAGCGCGACGAGCGGCGCGGGCGGCGAACAGGCGACUUUGGCGGCAAGGACGCGGCGCUGCUGGCGCUAGACUCGGGCACGAGCUCUGCGCACCGGCCAACGCGCGUGUGGACGCUGUCGCAGUUCGAGACGGGCCGUGCGAUGGGCAAGGGCAAGUUUGGGCGCGUCUACAUUGCCCGCACCAAGGCAGACCGCGAGGGCAAUGGCGGCGGCUUCAUCUGUGCGCUCAAGCUGCUGUACAAGAAGGACUGCGUCAUGUACAAUGUGCAGGGCCAGAUCCGGCGCGAGGUGGAGAUCCAGAUGAAUUUGAGGCAUCCCAACGUGCUGCGCCUCUAUGGCUACUUCCACGACGAGGGCCGCGUGUUCCUCAUGCUCGAGUUCGCGGCCAAGGGCGAGAUGUACAAAAUAAUGAGCAAGCUAGAUGGCCGGCGCUGGACAGAGGCCGAGGCAGGUCGAUUCACGGGCCAGAUGGCCGACGGCCUGGCGUACCUGCACAGCAAGCAUGUGAUCCACCGCGACAUCAAGCCCGAGAACCUGCUCGUGGGCCUCAACGACGUGCUCAAGAUUGCCGACUUUGGCUGGUCGGUGCACGCGCCGGGCGACCAUCGGCGCACGGCAUGUGGCACGCUCGACUACAUGCCGCCCGAGAUGAUUGAGGACGUGCCGCACGGCCAUCAGGUCGAUCUGUGGGCCUUUGGCAUUCUCAUCUUCGAGUGGCUCGAGGGCACGCCGCCGUUUGACAGCCAGGACACGUUCAACGCCAACCGCGACUACCAGGAGGCGGCGCACACGCGCGGGCGCAUCCGCAAGGGUGACUACGAGUUCCCGUCGCACUUCCAGCCCUCUGCCGCGGACCUCGUCAACAGACUGUUGCAAAUCAACCCCAAAGAGCGGCUGCCGUUGGACCGCGUCAUGCAGCACCCGUGGGUGCGCAAGUGGGACGCCGACGUGUACGAGCGCGCCAAGAGCGGCGGCUAUCUCGCCGACACGCCCGCGCACAAGCUGCCGUCGAAGAACAUCAACACUGCGCCCAUGCGGCCGAUCCAGGCACGCCAGGCCAAGGAGGCCCGGCAGCGCGUCGCCAAGCUCGAGGCGCAGCAGGCGCGCGCCGAGGGCAAGGCUUGA